GCAACCCUGCAGGAUCUGCAAGCCCUCAAUGCCAACUUCUCUAGUGCGGACGUUGAAGAUCUUCUCACUCUCAGACAGCUGGCCAAGUUCGCAGCGACUCCCUCACAGCUGAAGACAACACAAGAUGUGACAAAAAUCAUGAGAGUCAUUGAUCCUGUUGACUUUGGUGCUUUCUUUGACAUAGUCUCACCAGCCAUUGAGAUCCACCCAGCCAACUACACAGUGGAGGUGAAAUCUGCCUUUCUCCAGGCAGUGUUUGACAGAGGGAAUCUGUCCUCUCCAGCUAUCAAUGACGACGAGUUCUUGCUGUGGCUGAGGGUUCGACUGAGACCUCUCCUGGUCAACCUCUCUCCCAGCUUGGUGACACCAUUAUUCGACAUUGUGAACAAGAGGAGUUGCAACAGCAGCCAAGAGAUGAUUACAUUGCUGGACACACAACACUUGACACUCAGCAACAACACCCAACAGGAGAUCUACAAAAGAACCCUCCUCCUCCUCCAAGAUUCAACGCUCCUCAAGUGUUACAGUGGUGGAAGCUUCUACAUCUAUCUGAGAAGCACUUUCCUCAGCUUUGGUUUUCCAGAUUUGUCCACAUUCACAUCACUUCUGCCACAGACACACGAGUCAGAGCUCCUAAGUACCAUCAGCACCUCAGAGCUGCGUCAGUUCCUCAGCCAACCCAAUGUGAUUGGUAACAACUCUGACAUCUGUGUCAUCUUCAACAACUACAACAACACUCGUGCCUUCCUAGAAAAUGAGGAUGUUCCAGAUGAUGUGAAGAUGGUGAUCCUUCCCUGUGUUUGGCCUUUGGCGCUGAGCAGCAACACCAGAUCCGAAGUGGAUUUCUGGUUCGACCUGCGGCUGAAAAACUAUAUUAGAUUCCUCAGCAAGAGCCUCAUCAGUCCCAACACAGUGCAGAAUGCUUCAUGUCUUGCCUUCCAGAAACUGGUCUCUGUAAUGGGAAAUAACUUCACAUACAACUCGGAGUUUGGACAGGGUGAUGUAUACACCACCAUGAGCACCUACUUGAGAACUGGCUCUGAAACCAGAUGCUACAAUGCCAGUGAUGCAGAACAAAAUUCUACCGCCUGGUUUGUCAAUUACAUCGGGAACUUUGUGACAUUCAUCACUGUGGAUGAUCUCACCACCUUCAUCUCCACCAGUCAAGCUGAAGUUUUCUUGGUGGACCAAGCCAACCUGGAGCUCUUCAACAACACAGCAAUCCCACAAAAUGUAACGGACUACUACGUCUCACAACUUUUUGCAUUCCACCCAACCUUUAGCCCUCUGAAGGUUCCUGGCCUUUUCAUAUGCUCUUCUGAGGUCCCAAGUGCGACAUAUUCUUCUUUGAAUGAAUCUGAUACCAUACUCAUCCUGAAGGAGCUGAAUGAAUUAUGCAAUGGAACAGAGGAUCCUCAGGUGUCUGCUGCUCUGGCAUCCAACAUCCAGACCUUCACAUCAGAGACGAUUGUGACCCUGGGCAGUGCCACCGGAGGCCUGACCAGCAGCCAGAUCACGUCAAUUUCCCCUUCAGUGCUGAUUUCCUCUUUGUCCACCCUGAACACAGUCAGCACCUGGAACCAGGAGCAGUCCACCACAAUCAUCCAAGUCAUGACUGCCUCAGGCUUCCUGAUCAGUGGAUCCUCCCUGGAAUCCCUCGGCACACUCAUUGCUGGAGUUCCUUCAGGCUCAAUUAAACAAAUCUCAGCGUCUCAGCUAUUCACCCUCUCCCAGAGCAGCACCUUUGUUUCCAACAUGGUGAAAGCCCCCACAGUCGUCCAACAGACCUUCGUCCAAAAGAUUAUUACUGUGAACACAAAUGCAGCCAGCGUGGUGCAGAAUGUCCCUGAUGCUAUGGCAGCUGAGAUUCCACCGUCCUUGCUGGCACUGUCUGCGGAGACUGUGGAUAUCAGUGUGAUUAACAGAAAGCAGUGGACAGCAGAUCAGGCCGCCAUGUUUUUUGGAACACUGGAUGGAGCAAACAUUGACACCGAAGAGCUUAAUCCGUCUGUUCUGCAAGGCUUCACGUGCACGUCAGUUUCCAAAAUGAAAAAACCCAGAAUCCGAAGAAUGGUCCGUGCCUGUAGGCCGAGGAGAAGGAGGUCCAAGGUGCAGCUGAAAGAAUCACAGCUUACAUGCAUGUACAACCUGGUCCAAGACAACCUCUCCCAGAAAUUCACAGAGUAUCCCUCAGACAUGCUUCUCUACUUAAAGAGCAAAGAUGUCACGAGUGCCAACUGCAGGUCAUACUUUUCCGCAGUGGGUGCUGCAGACUUCUCUGUGGCCUCCAGCAUUUUGAACAAGGCAUCGCUGCUACUCAGUGAAGCCAGGACCUGCUUGGGUAUAAGUGGUGUGACUCUGAGCAGAGACAAUGUGGAGGUCCUAGGGAACAUGGCCUGCACUCUGGACGGUUCUUACAUCGAGAACGCUGAUCUUCUAAUUCUGGAAAAACUCAAAGUCUGCACCGACUUCUCUAAGAGCCAGGCGGCUGCCAUGGAGAGGCUGCUGCUGUCUGGGGAAACAAAAUACGGGAUUGUCAAGACCUGGAACAAGCUUACACUGCUAAGCCUUGGUGACCUGCCUCUAUAUUUCACAGGAGCCAUUUGGGGCCAGAUCAAAACUAGAACAAAGAGAAGGUUCCUUAGGACCUUUCUGUUCCAACUGAGGCAAAAAAAGACAAAGAAGAGCAAGCUCAAGAAGCUGGUUCGAGAGGCUCGCACUCGCAGGACAAAACGAGGAGCAGGCUGCACUGUGGGCAACAUCACCCAGGUGACAGUCAGCGACAACGCCUUCCCCUUUGGUUACGACCAGACUCAGUUUGACCUCUGCCUGGACAUCCCUGUUCUGAGGGACAACCUCAACUCUAUCUGCGAGAAAGUGGACGAGGAUGAUUUCCAGAAGAUAAUUCUGACGAAACUCAACCAGGCAUUCCCAUCGGGUGUUUCUGAUGAGAAAGUUCAGGUGCUCGGUUCAGUGUCUCGUGUGGCGUCAGUUGGUGACAUCUCCAAGUGGAGCAUCACUAAAGUUGACACUCUGGCAGCACUCAUGAAAGCUGAUGAUGGAUCAUGGGAGGCAGCAAAGAGCAAAGCAAUCAUCACCAAGUAUCUGGGUACUUCUGGGAACUCCCUGGGAAGCACUGAGCUGAACAGUAUUGACUCCAACGUGUGCUCGUUAGACACCAGUACACUGAGGACCAUCACCGCAGAUAGUAUCAGAAAUGCCAAACCACUCAAUGUGGCGUCAUGUUCAUUGGAGCAGAAGAGAGUCCUGUAUGAGAUCAGUAACAUUUCCUUCAGCUCACCGAGUUCCAGCUCCAAUACCUAUUACAAUUUGAUACGUCCCUAUCUAGGUGGGGCACGUCUGUCGGACGUAGUAGCACUAUCAACCACGAACAUCAGCAUGGACAUAAACACUUUCGAGAGUCUGGAUCCUAAUGUGACCGCUGGUUUGACUGUGGCCGAUGUGAAACUCCUCGUGGGUAGCCAUGUACAAAAUCUGAAGUUGUUUGAGAACGCUACCCAAGUUGAGAACUGGAGAAACAUGCAAACGCAGUCAGACCUGGACAAACUGGAUGUGGGCCUAACCACCAACAGAGUCACCAGUGCCACAAACCCUACCACAUCAGCUGGAACCAGCAGCAUGACAACAACACAGGGAAGCUCAAGCAGCUCAGGUGCAAACCCGACCACAGUGACGACACCACAAGCUACUACCACAAGCGAUGGAGCUCAGCUUGCAAGAUACCCAACGUCCAUAUUUGUGGUUGCUCUGCUGACAACUGUGCUGCAAAUGCUACAACCAGUCUAAAUAGACUCGUGACUUCCUAAUCAUAUCAAUCAAUAAUCAGCAACUAUUAAAUUCAUUUUUCAGUAAUGGUAACACCUCGGGAUCUUGAUUCAUUCAUAUUUUUGUAAGUUAUGUAUUCAUGCUACAAGAAAAUUGUUUUAUUGCAACUGUUUAACGUCUGAUUCACUCUAUCCCUUCAUGUUGUAAAACUAUGUCAUUGAACAAUCACAGCUGUUAGUUUUAUUUUAAGUGGUGAUCGGGAUUAUAUUCUGGGAUUUUUUAAAUUAAGCACCGUCAAUAACAUGUUUGUUAAAUUUUUAUCAAAAUCGAAUUAAAAAUGAAUCUUAAUGUCAAUGUAUUAUCUAUUAUUACAAUUUAAACUGCCUUUCUAUUCUUUGAAUCAAUAAACACAUACUAA